AGCUUAUGUUCAGUGUCAUACAUUAAUGGCCAAAAUGCAUUUUGCCCAAUACAUUAGGGACUAUUUUUUUUCUUUUAAUUUUAAAAUUUAAUUUAUGAAUGCAAUCAACUGGUUGCCGUAGCCGAUCGGUUAUUACCCCUUUGAAACUUGGGAAUGAGGAUCCGACCCAACGACCCGAAGCCCACUUCUCUCCCAAAUGUUUCUUUUUUCUUUUUUCAGUUUAAUACUUUUCCUUCUCGUUUUUAUUUUCCUGCUUCGGUAAUUUGGAAAGAUUUGAACGCUUGAAUGGGAGCACUGCAACUUUGGAACAAAGUGAGCAUCCGAUUUUGCCCCUCUCGCGGCACAGAGACACUAAUUGAAACUGAAGUUUCAGAUUUUGAAUAGGCUUUGUUGGGGGAGCUGGCAUCUAAAGUCUAAAGAAAUCAAGAUUAUGAACUCAUCGCACUGUCAUCCUCUAUCUCAUGUCAAACAGCUUCAUGAGCAAAGUAUGAGGUAGCUGGGAAUUGAUGUAGCGAAUUUAUGGUCUCUGAAGCACUGCAACAGUCUUUCAUGGCUACCAAACGUUCCUGUACAUCAUCUCUACCCUGGAUUUGGGUGAUUGAAGCACUAGCAAGCUUCAAUGAAAUAGAUACAUCUUUACUCAUCAAUUUGGUUAAGAGGACUCCUGACAUUUCCGAUCUGGGGAGAAAUGCUAAGGAAAUGGUUUCCUUGAGAGUUUUAGAGAGCUUAUUUGUCCAAAGAAACCCGAAUGCAAAUAAUGUUGCUUCAGUUCCAGGUGCCGAAAUUGAACUUGAUCCAUCAAAGAGCUGUGAAGAUGUCCUUCACCGAAUAUUGUUGGAGAUUUCUGCAUCAGAUAUAAAAACAGCAGCGCCUGAGAUGUUGAAAUGGGAUGUUCGGUCAUUCAUUAUGAAAAAGAGAUCUCUCCUGCCGAAGUGUCUUUUGAAACAACUUAAAGAUAACAUUGUAGAUUCUACCAGUCCUCUUUCUGGAUCCUUGAAAGAAAGAAGUCGAUUGGAGUUCGGGAAUCACUCCAGAGAUAGUGAUCCUGUUGAUGCUGUUGAUUCUGAUGGCUUUAAGCAGGGACAUGAAGUAGGAGGCACAAAUACCCAACAUGUUGCACCAACUAGGAACUCGGAUGCUUUUACCCAGGCCGAUAAAAAUACAACAUACCCAGUAUAUUCCCACAGUGUGGGGUCUGGGAAGGGUAGUAUGUACGCUGACCUUACCGAUAAAAAUGGCAAGACAAAAAGUCAGCUUGGAAGAGCUCUGGUGCGUGCUAAGCGGAGUAUCGAUGCCUCCACUGCUCAUGAAGUAGAAGUCAAUGAAACUGAAGCCAUAUCAGAGAACAGUUCUGAUCCUUGUGCUAAGGCUGCCAAGAAGUUGAAGCAGUUUGUCUUUAGUCCCAUUCGAAACACAGUUCCUGAUUUGCUAUUGUCUGGGAGAGAUGCAUUCCCAGCAGAAUCAUCUGGAGGAAGUCAACCUAUUGUUCAAAAUGGGAACUCGAAAGAUGAAGCUCAAGUUGGGGCCUUCGAAGCAAAUGGAGGCCUGAACGAUGGUUGUGCUGAGCAUGCUGCAUCAAGAAGUGGUUUACAUGGAAGUGACUCUAAUCACAAUGAGUUCUUGCCUCAAAGAAUGAGCACAGACAACAAGUUCCAAAAUAUUGGACGUAGCAGCAAUGGUUGUACUGAACUUGGAACAUCCAGUGGCUCUGGCUCAUGCCAGGUGGUGAUGCAACAAGAUUCUCGCACUCAUGGAUCCAAACAUGACCUGGAGUUUAAUCUUCCACAAGAUUUGCAACAUGGUGAGCCUUCAAAAGUAGCCAAAGAGAAUAUUGAGCAAAGUCAUGAAUUUGAGUUCUCUAAUGAUACUGAUGAGUAUCACGAUGAGAGCACUGCUCUUGCUUCACGGAAGAAUGAUUUCUUGAGCUCGCAAUAUGCUCAGGGUGAAGAUUUUUUGGCAGCUGCUGAUUGUAAUGAGCUUAAUCUUUGUGUGAAGUGUAAUGUAGGGGGGAAAUUAUUUGUCUGUAGUUCUGACACCUGCCCAUUAAUGCUUCAUGAAAGUUGCUUGGGUUCUGUACCCAACUUUGAUUACAAAGGGAACUUCUACUGCCCCUUUUGUGCAUAUUCUCGAGCAAUUUCUGAAUACCUGGACGGUAAGAAGAAGGUCUCACUUGCUAGGAAACAUUUGGCUGCAUUUAUUGGCUUGGGAGCUGGACAACAAUCAAAGAAGUUGCUACCUAAAUCACAAGGAAUGAAGCCGCAUCAAUCUCGAGAGGAUAAGAAUGAGCAAUUAUGCCACAAUGAGAAUGGGAGGAGUUCCUUGAAUGAGGUUACAGAAGCAGGAAGUGCUCCAGUCGACAGGAAUUCCGUUGGAGUUCAAAUCAUGCAGACGGGUUCACCUCAACCAGAGGCUUCUGCACCUGAACAAUGCUUGGUAGCUGGUCAACAACCUGAAGGAUCAGAACUUGGAUGUCAUAGAUCUAAGCAGAAUCAGUCCAGAGAGGAAGAAGAGUUGUGUCAUAAUGGGAAUGGAAACAAGAAUUCUUUGAAGAAGGCUGAUGAAGCGGGAAGUGGUCCUGUUAAUAUAAAUUCUACGAAUGCUGAACUCAUGCAGAUGUAUCCACCUCAACCACCUGUUUCUCAUGAACCUGUGUGUCAAGGAAGUUCUUCUAUAGAAGAAAAUUCUGAAGAAGAUGAUAUUGGUUCCAGAUAUCGUGUACAAUUUAGGAAUCCAGAGAAGAAGCAUACCUUUCCCAUAACACCUCAAUUGAGGAGGAGGAAGGUCCAAUGGACAAAGAUAGAGGAGGAAACGUUAAAGGAGGGAGUACAACGAUUCUCGCAUUUUCCUGAUAGAUGGAAGCAGAUUUUGGAAUUUGGAUGUGAUGUUUUCCUGAAAGGUCGGACCACUGGGGACCUUAAAGAUAAGUGGAGGAACAUGAGCAGAGCAAAGGAGAGAGCAACGUAAAGGUUUCUUUCUUAAAUGGACUCUGUAUAUGUGUACAGUUGUCUAAUAUUUUCGGCUACUUAUAUUGAA